AUGGCAUCUGCAUAUUGUCCAGGUAAGAGUUCAUGGCCAGAGCUGGUCGGAGAAGAUGGGGAAGUUGCAGCGGCAAAGAUAGAGCAAGAGAAGCCUGAUGUUCAUACAAUUGUCAUUCCGGAAGGAACUAUAAUCACCCAAGAGUUAAGGUGCAACCGGGUCCGGGUCUGGGUUGAUGAAAACGGCGUCGUCACCGCGGUUCCCCGCGUUGGAUAG